CCGGGCGUCGAAGAGCAUGCUGGGAAAGACCUGUGCAGCGGCUUCUGAUUGGCUGAUAAAACUUCCGCACACCAAAACACAACAGACGAAAAGCAUUGACUCAGGAUGCAGCUGGAUGCAGCGGAGGAGUUAUACUUGACAUGUGUGCUAGCUAUGCUUAUGGUGGUUUAAGCAGGUAUAUUUGAGCUGCAGUCAUGUCUUCUAAUACCAACGCUUCUGGUGGGAUUCAUGGAAUACUUGUUAAACUACACGAAUCACUUACUGACGAAGACUUAAGGUCUGCAGCUUUCAAAUGCCAGGACAUUAUAGGUGAUCUUGGACAGGAGUGUUUGCUAUCACAAACUGAUAAUGAACUUGCCCUGCAAACAUCCUUGCUGUUCUCAAAGGACUGUGGACUUCUCACCUUCCUCAGAAAGUCCCUUGGAAUAGAUGAGCUUCGGGAAACAAGGGUUGAGAUUAUAAAUUUCCUGGAAAAGUUCCUGCAAAGAAUGUCAUCACGGAACCGGAGCUGGGAGAAGUCUUACGCCGUUGAUAUACGGGACAUUUGCAUGGUUGUGUAUACAAAGGAAAAAGGAGCAAAAUGCAGGACUCAAACUAUGGAGCUGCUCCUAAAGGUUCUUUAUCUGACCAAGUCUUCCAGUGUGGCAUCUGACUUGCGAGUCUGUGAAAUAUUCAACAGAUUUUACAGUGAGCUCUGUCAGAAAUCCAAAAUCCAAGAUUCUGUCCUUGGUAAAAUCUAUGAGUUGCUGGGAGCCCUCGGGGAGGUCCAUCCAAGCGAGAUGAUGUCCAACUCUGAGAAACUCUACAAGGCCUUUCUCGGCGAGUUGAAGGAACAGAUUACCUCUUCCACAAAAGAGCCCAAGCUGUUUGUCGUGGCAGGCUGUCUGAGAGGCAUCACCGCUCUGUUGGUCAACUUCCCAAAGACCAUUGAAGAAGACCCAGUCACAUCCAGAGACAUUUUCCAGUAUGCCUUGAAAACAAUCAGCCCACAGAUGGAGAUGAGUCGCUACGCUGUCACCUUUGCUGGCCUGAAGUUGUUGGGGAAGCACGCGGCCCAGUUUGGCAGCUGUUUGAUGGACCACUACAAGGCCCUGUUUGAGGUCAUGUCCAAACUCUGUGGCCACAUCAACGGGGAGAUGAAAAAGACGAGCUACUACGCACUCGAGGCCUUUCUUAAACAGGUUGCCUUCCUGGUUGCAGAGAAUAUCGAGGAGCACAAAAGCACGUUGAAAUUCUUCAUGCAAAAGUUCUGCUCCAUAAUUAAGACGAUGGACUCCACCCACAGAGAGCUCUCCAUCGCCAUACGUGGAUAUGGGUUCUUUGCAGCUCCGUGCAAAAAGGUGUGUCCCCAAGACGUGGACCUGAUGUACACAGAGCUGAUCCAGCGCUGCAAGCAGAUGUACCUGACCGAGUCUGACGGGGAGGAGGAGAGCUUCUACCAGCUGCCCAGCUUCCUGGACUCCAUCGCCUGCGUGCUCAUCCACCUGGACAAGAUCCCCGAGGUGUACACGCCACUGCUAGAGCGCCUCCUGGUGGUGCAGAUCGACAGCUACCCCCAGUACAGCGAGCGGAUGCAGAGCGCCUGUGGCCGCGCCAUCCUCAAGGUGCUGGUUGCCAUGGCUUCCAAAGGGCCUGUACUGUGGAGUUUUAUCAGUUCAGUCGUGCAUCAGGGCUUGAUCCGUGUCUGCUCCAAACCCAUCGUGCUUACAGAGGACAAGAACUUGGGGAAUGACCCGAUGCGCACAGGCAAGUGGAAAGUCCCCUCCAGCCUGGACUACCUGGACCUGUAUCGGAGCCUGCUGGACUGUGACCGUCUAAAGGACUCAGGAUUCCUGGACGGAGCGUUUGAAUGCCAGAACAGUGCUCUGAUCUCCCUGAGCCGUCUGCUGUAUGACGAGGUCAUCAAGUCUAUUCUGCGCAUAGUGGAGAAGCUGGACCUGUCUGUCCAGAAAGUCACCACAGGAGAGGAGGGCCCGGACGACGUCAACACCGUGGUGCUGGAGUCCUCCGACCCCACCGCCCAUCUCAUGCCCAACAAGGUCAAGGACUUCACCGCCUUCAUCAACCUGGUGGACUUCUGCAGUGCGCUGCUGCUGAGCACCCAUGCAGAGUACUUUGAGCCCUGGGUGUACCCGCUGAGCCACCAGCUCAUCCUCCACUCUAUCAGAAACCCCCUGGUCAGCGGCUUCUACAGGCUGCUGGCCGUCUCCAUGAAGAUGUCCCAGAGGAUCCAGUACUACCAGGGAGUCGGCACCUCAACGGCGUCAUCCGUGGAGCCGGUGAAGACCAACUGCUUUGCCCUGCUUGCAAAGUUCGGCAAAGAGGUGUGUCUCCGAAUGAAGCAGUACAAGGAUGAGCUGCUGGCAUCCUGCCUGACCUUCGCCCUCUCCCUGCACCACAGCAUGGUGGCUCUGGACAUCAAGGCCUACUGCCCAGCACUGGAGGCGGCCCUGAAGCUGGGCUUGAGCCACGUGCCCCUGGCCAACGCGGCGCUGGACGCUCUGGAGGCCUGGUCCUCCUUCAUCCCCAUGGAGGUCAUGCAGCCCUGCUACCAGAACACACUGCCCCUGCUGGACGGAUACCUCAAGUCCACCUCCACCAACGAGAAGGACGACAGCGGCUGGGAGAUGACAUCAUCGGUGUCGUCUAAAAGUGAGAAGGGAUACGGCCGAGUGAUGAGGAGGCUGCUGAAGCAGUCCAAACACCUAGUCAUGGAAGAUGCUCCCGUUGUCAUGGUGAAGCUCAGGGUCGUGCGGUUGCUAGGGCACCUGGGAGGACAGAUGAACAGGAAUCUGGUGACAGUGGUGUCGACGGAGGAGACGAUGAAGAAGUUUGUUGCCUGGGAUACGGAGAAGAGGCUGAGCUUCGCCGUGCCCUUCUCGGACAUGAAGCCAGUCAUCUACCUGGACCCCUUCCUGCCCCGCAUCAGUGAACUGGCGCUGUCCACCAGCGACAGACAAACCAAAGUGGCCGCGGGGGAGCUGCUCCACAGCCUGGUGGUCUACAUGGUCGGGAAGAGCGCCCAGAUGGUGGACGAUCCCAGCAGCCUGCCACCCAUGUACAACCUCCACAAGAAGCUGUUCCCCGUGCUGCUGCGGCUGGCCUGCGACGUGGACCAGGUAACGAGGCAGCUGUUUGAGCCCCUGGUGAUGCAGCUGAUUCACUGGUUCACCAACAACAAGAAGUUUGAGAGCCAGGACACCGUUGCGGUUCUAGAGGCUAUUCUGGAUGGCCUGGUCGACCCCCUGGACAGCACGCUGCGGGACUUCUGCGGCCGCUGUGUACAGGAGUUUGUCAAGUGGUCCGUGAAGCAGACCACGCCCGCGCAGCAGGAGAGGAGCCCUGCCAACAUCAAGUCUCUGUUCAAGCGCAUCUACAGCCUGGCCCUGCACCCCAACAGCUUCAAGAGGCUGGGGGCGGCCAUGGCCUUCAACAGCAUCUACAGACAGUUCAGGGAGGAGAAUGCCUUGGUGGAUCAGUUUGUCUUCGAGGUUCUGGUAGUGUUUGUGGAAAGCCUGGCCCUGGCCCAUUCAGACGACAGAUCCGUUGGUACGCUGCAGCAGUGCAUUGGUGCCAUCGACCACCUGAAGAGGAUCUUCCAGUACAAAGCUGCCGCUCUCAACCAACACAGCGCCAAGAGACGCACCCCAAGGGGCUUCCCAGCAGACGUGAAGGUGUGCCUGUCUGACGUGGUGCGCUGGCUGCUGGAGCAGUGUGGACGACCGCAGACCGAGUGCCGCCACAAGUGCAUGGAGCUCUUCUAUUCGCUGGUCCCCUUGCUUCCAGGUAACAAGGCCCCGGCCCAGUGGCUGGACGCUCUGCUCAAGGAGCAGGGGGUGGCGUUCCUGAUCGGACAGUUUGAGGGCGGGGGCCUGCUGAGCCAGCCCACCCUGCGGGAGCUGUCGGGCCCCUUCAGCGUGCGCACCACCCUGCAGUGGAUGGACCUGCUGCUGGCCGCCCUGGACUGCUACAACACCUUCAUCAGCCUGCACCUGGUCAAGCCCCACCAGGUCCUAGGUUCGGGAGAGCAGUCCAGCUUCCGGGAGGCCAUCCGGUUCUUCCUGACGGAGCUGGCCACCCAGGAGCUGUCUGCGGCCGAGGGCUGCUUCGCCGUGGGCCAGAAGGGCUCCGUCUUCAGCCCGCGGGAGGUUGAGCAGUACCACUACAGCAAGGGCACCAUCAUCGUCCGCCUGUUGGAGUUCGCCAGCAUGGUCCUCCUCAAAUGUGACCAGGCCCUCUGGAAGCUCUUGGAGCAGGAGGUGUUCUCCCCCGUGUUCUUUGAGCUGACCGCGGCGGUGGUCUGCCAGCCGUCCUCGGUGGGCUUCAACAUGGCCGACGUGGAGGUGAUGAAGAACCUGCCGGAGGUGUGUGUGCCGCUGCUGAAGGCCCUGAUGGCCUCACCGUACCGGGCCGGCCUGGAGAACAGCCUGGGGACCAAGCUCACACGACAGAGUGUGGAGGAGCUGUGUGCGAUAGACCUCUACAAGGAAGGCAGGCAGAGCAGCCACGACCACAUGGAGAUGAUCCUGUCUGCCUGCAAGCAGAUCCACAAGGCAGGCUUCCUCAGCAGCAUUCUGCACAGCAAGGACGCGACGUACGCCUCGGCCCUGAGCUCCAGACUCCUCAUGACGGUGUACAAGGGCAUCGCUCCCGGGGAGGACAGGAAGGCCCUCCCUCCCCUGGACAUCAACAGCAGGAGGCUGGCAGACGGCCUGCUCCAGCUGGCCUUCUCCCUCAGCCAGCAGAGCGACUCCCUGGUGGAGCUUCUGCUCAACACCAUCCGGCUCUCGGUGCCGCUGGCUGGUGGUCGAGGCGGCAACAACUUCCUCUGCUUCUCCCACGGCGAGUACUUCUACAGCCUCUUCCAGACGACGGUCAACGCAGAGCUGCUCCGGCUGCUGGACGCCACAGUGCCGGCCCUCCUGAGGGCUGCCUCGUGCAACCCCAGCAUGGUCAGCGUCCUGCUCAACGGCGUGCUGGACCAUACCUUCAGGGAGCGCUCCAUCCGGAGGAGCCAGGGCAGCCGGCUGGUGGAGCAGGUACUGACCCGCUGGGACAGCCUGAGGUCCUGGUGGGCCACGGAGACCGCCACCCCGGAGAGUAAGACCGCCACGCUGCUGCUGCUGUCCAAGUUGCUGCAGAUCGACUCCUCUGUGUGCACCAAUAUCAACCAUGAGGCUUUCAAAGUGGUGUUCUCCACCUUCACCACACUGCUGGUGGACAAGACCCUGCCGCUGAAUCUGAAGAGCCAGGCCCUGCUGGUGUUGCCCUUCUUCACCACCCUGCCCGAGGAGCCCCUGGCCGCCCUGCAGGGGGCGCUGGAGGAGCUGGUGGCCUCUCACUUCCCCAUGCAGUCGGACGAGUUCCCCCGCGGAUCGCCGCAGCGCAACAACUACAUGGACUGUGUCCGCAAGCUCCUAGAUGCCCUAGAGCUUUCUCAAAGCCCGCUGUUGCUGAAGCUCCUGGCUGGGGUGUUGUGUCAGGACUCCAAACACAUCAUGGAGGACCAGUUUCAAAACUGUUUCCAAAGCAUCGCCAAGCGGUCCAGCCCGGAGCGGCAGCUGCAGCUGCUGUGCCUGGUGCACGGGGUGGUCCAGCGGGGAGACCUGCCCCUGCCCUCCAUGCUCCAGGCCAUGAUGGAGCGGGUGCUGCUGCCCCUGGCCUCCCACUGCAGCCCCGGCGCCCUGGCCCUCUUCUUCCUGGAGAACGUCUCGGACGUCAUGGCGCUGCUGCUCUCGCGCUUCACCAAGUCCAGUGAAGACGUGUUCGAGUCCCAGCUGCUGAGGAAGCUGGGCAGCCUGAAGCUGAUGGAGCUGCUGUACUCCCGGCUCCCCAAAGAGGAGCUGUACUCCAAGGAGUCCCUCGUCAACCAGGCGUACUGCCGCUCGGACCGCACCGAGGGCAACGAGCUGUCCAAGGCCCUCAUCAAGUUGUGUUUCGAGGCCUUCACGGAGAACAUGGCCGGAGAAAGCCAGCUGCUGGAAGCCAGGAGACAGUACCACUGCGCCGCGUACAACUGCGCCAUCGCCGUCAUCAGCUGCAGCUUCAGCGAAGCCAAGUUCUACCAGGGCUUCCUCUUCAGCGAGAAGCCAGAGAAGCAUCAAUUCAUUUUGGAAAACCUUAUCGAUGUCCAAAGGGCUUAUAAUUUUCCAGUGGAGAUCGAGGUCCCGCUUGAGAGAAAGAAGAAAUACAUCCUGAUACGUAAAGAAGUGAAUGAAGAGAACGGAGAGGCCCCGGUGUAUCUCUCCUCCCAGUCGUACAUGGCCGACAGCAGUCUGAGUGAGGAGAUGAGCCAGUUUGACUUCUCCACGGGGGUCCAGAGCUUCUCCCUCGGAUCCCAGAACCCCGAGGGGAACCCGCGCACCGUCGCCAAAAGGCGUCCACAGGAGACUGAGGAGGCGACGGCGUCCCAGGACGUGUCGGUGGUUCUGGAGAUGGACGAGCUGAAUCAGCACGAGUGCAUGGCCUCCAUGACGGCCCUGAUUGGUCACAUGCAGCGGAGUGGCAUCACCCCCAAAGUGGAGCAGGGAUCCACGCCCAGAGAGCUUCCUCCGUGGAUGAAGUUCCUGCUGGGCAAGCUGGGGAACCCGUCCACGCCUCUGAACAUCCGUCUCUUCGUGGCCAAGCUCCUCAUCAACACGGAGGAGGUGUUCCGGCCGUAUGCCGCUCACUGGCUGGGGCCGCUUCUCCAGCUGGUGGUGUCGGGCAACAACGGGGGAGAGGGCAUCCACUUCAUGGUGGUGGACAUCGUGGUCACGGCGCUCUCCUGGAUCAGCCUGGCCAGUCCCAAGGGUAACCCCAGGGAUGAGGUGCUGGCCAAUCGGCUGCUGGAGUUCCUGAUGAAGCACAGCUUCCACAGCAAGAGGGCGGUGUUCCGCCACAACCUGGAGAUCAUCCGCACCCUGGUGGAGUGCUGGAAGGACUGUCUGUGUGUGCCCUACCGUGUGAUCUACGAGCGGUUCAGCGGCAGCGACCCCAACAGUAAGGACAACUCCGUAGGGCUUCAGCUCCUGGCCAUCGUCCUGGCAAACAGCCUGCCCGCCUACGAGGCCACCUGCGGAGUGGACUAUGACAGGUACAUGCAGUCCCUGGCAAACAACCUGUCCUUCACGCGCUAUAAAGAAGUUUACUCUGCAGCCGCUGAGAUCGUUGGCCUCAUCCUGAAGAACAUGGCUGAGAGAGAUGAGUCUCCACAAGUCCUUCUGAGCCUGGCGGCCAGCAAGGUGUCGGAGCUGAAGAAGAAGGACCUAGACGACAAGUUCAUCAUCUGCCUGAGCAAAGUGUCAAAGCACUUUCCUCCCUUUAUGGACCGAUUCGUGAACUCUGUGUUCUUCCUGCUGCCCAAGCUGCACGGCGUCCUGAAGACCCACUGUCUGGAGUGCGUGCUGAGCCGCGCGGAGGUCAUCCCAGACAUCUACAUGCUGCUCCAGACCAAGGGCUUCGUCCAGAUGAUGGCCCACAGGGACGAGGCGAGGCAGAGGGUGUGUCUGGACAUCCUCCACAGGGUGCUGGCCCUGCUGACCCCCCCGCAGAUGCAGGAGGUCCUGGGAGCCGUGACGGCCUUCGUGUCCCACCCCUCCCCCGUCUGCAGGGAGAGGAUGUACGACAUCCUCAUGUGGAUCCAGGACAACUACAGUGAUGAGGAGAGCAUGGCUGACGAGACGUCGGUGAAGGUCCAGGAGGGCGCCAAGGAGACCCUCCUUCAGGGCCUCGUGGACGAGAACCAGGGCCUGCAGCUGUACGUGCGCAACUUCUGGAGCCAGGAGAAGCGUCUGCCCCGGGCCACGCUGGAGCGCAUGCUGCAGGUGCUGCACUCGAUGUACUGCUGCCAGAUCGAGAGGUCCUUCCUCAGCCUGGCCACCAACCUGCUGCUGGAGACGACCAGCCAGAGCCCCGACUUCACACGCAACAUGUUCGAGUACCCGCUGUCCGAGUGCACCUUCCAGGACUACGUGAUCGACUCAAACUGGCGCCUGAGGAGCACGGUGAUGACCCCCAUGUUCGUGGAGACCCAGGGGUCGGCAGAGAGCCAGGCAUCCCCCUCAUUGGCGGGCGGGGCCAGGGGCCAGCUCAGAGCCACGCAAGCCACCCUGGAGUUCACCCAAACACAGGCAGCGGGAGGGCGCCGCACCGCCUACAACUGGCUGACGGGCAGCAGCGUGGACACGCUGGCCGAGUACUCGCUGGGCUCCGAGUCCCUCUCCUCCUCGCUGCUGGCGUACGGCAGGCGGCCGGCGGCGGCGGCGGCGGCGGCGCGGAGGCCCACGGGGGAGGGCUUCGGCACCCGGCGCCUCACCGCGCCCACCGACGAAGGGGACAGCCGCAGCAGAGCGGAGAGCGAGCGGCGUGCGGACAUCCAGAGGCUGAGGCGCCGGUUCCUGAAGGACCAGGAGAAGGUCAGCCUGGGCUUCGCCCGGAAGGAGGUGCAGCAGCAGAGGCAGAGGAAGGAGGACCGGGUGGACAAGAGGCUGAGGAAGGAGUCCCAGGUGACGCUGUACCGCAGCUACCGGGCCGGAGACUUCCCGGACAUCCAGAUCCCAUUCAGCAGCCUCAUCGCCCCCCUGCAGGCCCUGGCCCAGAGAGAUGCCAUCCUGGCCAAGCAGCUCUUCAGCGGCCUGUUCGCGGGCAUCCUGGGGGAGAUGGAGGAGCACAAGUCCGUGGAGGAGGCCCGGCAGAUCAAGGAGGAGCUGGUGAGGGACCUGGACUCCUUCCUGAGCCGCAGCACCCUCUGCUUCCCUCCCUUCGUGGCCUGUGUGCAGGACAUGAGCCUCCAGCACCGCGACCUGCUGCACCUCCAGCCGGCCUCCAUCAGCUCCACCUGCCUGGCCAGUCUGCAGCAGCCCUCUGGCAUCCUGCUGCUGGAGAAAGCCCUCCGAGAGGCCAGCGGGGGCAGCGCCGAGCCCCCCACCAAGCGCUCCCGAGGACGCAAGGAACUCCCCCCGGACACAGAGAAGUGGAUCCACCUGGCCAGGCUGUACAGAUCGCUGGAGGACUACGACGUGGUCCGCGGGAUCUUUGGCGGUAAAAUCGGGACCAAGGCGAUAACCUGCACGGCACUCGAUGCUGAAGCCAACAACGACUUUGCAGAGGCUGUGAAGCUCUACAACGAGGCUCUGAACCAGGAGCAGUGGAGCGACGGCGAGCCCACGGAGUCGGAGAAGGACUUCUGGGACCGGGCCGCCAUGGAGGCCUACAGCCACCUGACGGAGUGGAAGUCCCUGCAGUACUGCUCCAUCAUCAACGUGGACGACAGCCCCGAGCCCGACCUGGACAAGAUGUGGGCCGAGCCCUUCUACCAGGAGGUGUACCUGGGCCACAUGGUGCGCAGCAUGCUGAAGCAGCUCCAGCAGGGCCAGCGGGACCAGGCUCUGCUCAGCUUUGUGGACCGCGCCAUGCGGGUGGAGGAGCGCCAGCGGCUGCUGGAGGGCCACCACAGCCAGGAGCUCAGCCUGCUGUACGUGCUGCAGGACGACUACGACCGCGCCAAGUACUACGCCCACUACGCCAUGGAGCUCUUCAUGCAGAACUACUCCAGCGUGGACACCCUGCUGGGCCAGAGUCGUCUGACCAUCCUGCAGUCAGUGCAGGCGCUCACCGAGAUCCAGGACUUCCUGCAGUUCAUCAGAGGAGACGUGUCUGUUUCUUCUCUGAAGCGGCUGAUCAGAUCCUGGACGGACCGCUACCCCGACACCAGAGUAGAUCCGAUGAACGUGUGGGAUGAUGUCAUCACGUCCAGAUGUUUCUUCCUGGACAAGAUCUGUGAGAAGCUGGGCAGCCAGGGGGACAGUGUGGACGUCCUGGUCAACAACUGCAAGUUCGACAUGAGGCUGCGCAUGGCGGACAGCGCGUGGAAACAGAGUAACUUCCCGGUGGCCACCAAGCUGCUGAAGGAGCUCCAAAGGGAGGCCAAGACGCAGAGGGGGUGGUUCCUGCAGUGGGUGCACUGCUUCAGCCGCUUCAGCCACAAACGCUGCCUGACUCAGGGUCCCGUGGAGCAGAUCACGACCAUGCUGAAGAGCAUCCCACUGCUGGAGGAGCUGGAGUCAGACUGCGCCUCGGCUGCCGCCCACAUCUUCCGGGACCAGAAGAUCCUCCAGGGCACCUCGUACCACCUCCUGGCCUCGGCGGUGGGCAGCAGCCCCUCCGUCCUGGAGGCCGUGGAGACCAGCAAGGCUGAGAAGGUGCUGAGGCUCGCUGGGUCCUCCGCCUCCACCAGCCAGCCUAAGGCGGUGGUGGCGGAGCUGCAGCUGCGGGCGCUGCACCUCCUGGGGGGAGCCGGCAGGAAGGCGGACGAGGAGCUGCUGUCGUUCAGCAGCGGCUGUGUGGAGAGCGCCGGCGUGGCCCGCACCUACAUGACCCUGGCCAACUUCUGUGACCAGCUGCUACGGGACGAGGAGCGCAGCGGCGCCGUGAGUGAGUUCCCCGAGCUCUCUGUGCUGCCCCUGCACGUUGUGGAGAGCACCCUGAAGGCCCUGAAGCUGAACAGCGAGGACGCCCGUCUGCGCUUCCCCCGCCUGCUGCAGAUCAUCGAGCUGUACCCCUCCGAGACCCUGGACCUCAUGACCAAAGAGAUGGCAACGGUACCGUGCUGGAUGCUGAUUGGCUGGAUGAGUCAGAUGGUGGCCCUACUGGACAAGCAGGAGGCGGUGGCAGUGCAGCAUUCGAUAGGCCAGAUCGCGGAGAGCUACCCCCAGGCCCUGGUGUACGCCCUCAUGGCGAGCAGAGAGAGCUACCACUUCCAGGACUCUGCCGUGGGACACAGGCAGCAGGAGUUUGUUAACAAACUCACUAGUCUUCUGGAUAAGGGCGGAGCUGUACAAAACUUUGUAGACUCUCUUCAGCAGCUCACAAACCCUGAAAUGCUGUUCAAGGAUUGGUGGGAAGAUGUGAAGAAUGAGCUGGAAAAGCCGGGUUUUGACAAGGACAAGAUGGCCCGCAUGUACAAGGAAAUGCAGGCGUCCCUCGGGAACACCAGAGCUGAAGGAUGUGGAAGUUUCCGGAAGAAAUUCAGCCAGAAAUACUAUAAAGAGGUGGAGAAGAUACUGGGGCCCCAGGGGACAAAGCUGUUUGAGAGCAGGAAGGACAAGAAGCUGAGGAAUCAGGUGGAGGACCUGAUGAGGGACAUGCGCGGCUUCCAGAAGGAGCCAGGCAACCUGAAGGAGUAUUCCCCCUGGCUCAGCAGCUACAAGGCGGACGCCUUCCGCAACCAGCUGGAGGUCCCAGGACAAUACGACGGCCGGUCCAAACCCCAGCCCGAGUACCACGCCAAGAUCACCGGUUUUGACGAAAGGGUGAAGGUCAUGUCGUCCAUCCGGCGUCCCAAGCGGCUGAUCGUCCGGGGCGACGACGAGCGAGACCACCCCUUCCUGGUGAAGGGCGGCGAGGACCUGCGGCAGGACCAGCGCAUCGAGCAGCUGUUUGGCGUCAUGAACACCAUGCUGGCAGGCCACGCCCCCUGCACCCUGCGCAGCCUGCAGCUCCGCACCUACCAGGUCAUCCCCAUCACCAGCAGGAUCGGCCUCAUCGAGUGGAUGGAGAACACGUGCACGCUGAAGGAGCUGCUGGCCCGCAGCAGGACUCCAGCGGAGAGCAGCGUGGACAUGAGGCCGUUUGAAGUUUAUGAUGGUUGGAUAUCCACCUUUGCUCCUGGAAAGGACGGUGCACAAAAAUAUCCAGAUGUUUACAAAAAGGCAAAGCGUGCAGACGCUGUCAACAACUUCAUGAAGGUUAUCCAGCUCGUCCCGGAGGAUCUGCUCAGGAGGGCGUUUGUGAGGAUGAGCACCAGCCCCGAGGCCUUCCUCUCUCUGCGCUCCCACUUCGUCAGCUCCCACGCGCUGCUGUGCGUCAGCCACUGGAUCCUGGGCAUCGGCGACCGCCACCUGUCCAACUUCAUGGUCAACACUGAGACCGGCGGCAUGGUCGGCAUCGACUUCGGCCACGCCUUCGGUUCAGCCACGCAGUUCCUGGUGGUGCCGGAGCUCAUGCCGUUCCGGCUGACCCGGCAGUUUGUGAGCCUGAUGGAGCCGCUGAAGGAGGCGGGUCUGAUCCAGAGCGUCAUGGUCCACUCCCUCAGGGCCUUCCGCUCCCAGCCCGAGCUGCUGCUCAACACCAUGGACGUGUUCGUCAAGGAGCCCUCGCUGGACUGGAAGAACUUUGAGCUGAAGCAGCUGAAGAAAGGCGGGACUUGGACCUUAACCGUCAACACCAAAGAGAUCAACUGGUACCCGCUGCAGAAGGUGGACUUUGCCCGCAGGAAGCUAGAGGGGGCCAACCCUGCCACCAUCACCAGCGAGGAGCUGAGGCUGGGCCUUGAGAAGGACCCCGCCUUCCCCGGGAUGCAGCGGGUGGCGCUGGGCACGGAGGAGCACAACGUGCGUGCCCGCCUCCCAGCACUGGGCCUGACGGUGGAGCAGCAGGUGGCCUGUCUCCUGGACCAGGCCACCGACCCCAACCUGCUGGGCCGCGUCUGGGGCGGUUGGGAGCCCUGGGUCUGAAGGAGUGGUAUGGCCUCGGGAACAUUAUGUUGGUAUCAUCAGCGCCCGUCGAAACAACUUCGAUAACUUUAAAGUUAUCGUGCUCUUGUGCGGUUUUUAUGGCACUUAUGUUUAGAACUAGACACAUAUACAGUUACAACUGUGUGGUUAGAAGUAGUCAAGCUAUGGUAUGUUGCAUUAUUUGUGUCCUGUUGGCAAUGAUUUUUAAUAAAAGUCUGAAAGGUACGCUGUGUAAGAAUCUGAAAUUGCUUCUGCCUGUAGGAGCUCGGGCAUUGAGAGCUCCGUGGUGUGACCAGUGGCGGCUGGCGAUCAAACAUGUUGGUGGGGCACAGUAAUAGACAGGGCACAGGGGGUUUGAGGUUUCCCCCCACACCCAUAAUUUUUUGGGAAUUUGCAUUUUGGGGAUGGCCACUACCUAUUUACCUACUUUUCAUUCAGAUUCAUAGCCUACAUCCUGAAUUGCAGGGCCUGGAUAAGCUUACACUGCAUCUACUUCAUGGCCAUUCCACCAGCCAUUGCUAGUUGACCCAUUGUUGUUAUUCUGAUAUUGAGACAAACCAUGAUCACUGUCCUAUAGCGUCCAUUUUUUGUGAGUCUCAAUGUCUACUUCAAAUGCAGUUAGAAAUAUGGGACAGUUGCUUCAUUUUGUUUAUAUGCUACAGGCCGAAAGACUAAAUUAAUAUGUAACUUACUUGCUCCUUUUAAGUAUAAUAUUGCUUGGGGAGUCCAAUUCCUCCACUGAAAAGGGUGGAAAGUGCUUACAACUCUCUGCUAGUUGCGAUCUAUCUCCUCUCUACAUGUAGUUGUGGUGCGCGAAUGCUGCUGAGGGAGUUAGCCUAUUGGAUUGAUUCGCUGAAUUGUCCAAUCAUGUGGUGAUAACAAAAAAGAAAAGCGAUACCAUUGGCCUGGGGCGCACACUGGUGCGACCCGUGUGCGAAUUUUCUUGCGCCAAUUAAAAGCUGUCUCUGCUUGAUAGACAGCAAAAAAUUAGCGAGCUACACAACGUGGCCGGCGCUCCUGACUUGGAGGAGGGCUUUAUUUCGAAUGACCAAUAAGCCUAGCCCAAAUCAUUGACGUUCAGACGCAUUUAAAUGGCAUACAAUUCAUGUCACACAAUUAAUCGAGGGUAAACGCUAUGUAUUUUCGUUGAUUUAUUUCGUAAUGAUAAUAGUUUAUUAAUAGUUGGCAGAUAUAUUCAAGUGAAUAUUUCACGGAGGGGCGGCGCCCUAGCGCCCCCUAUUGACCCACCGCCACUGGUCGUGAGAGUUGCUGGUGUUGUAUUUCCUCGGACAAACGGAUGAACAAAAUGUUUGCAAUGAGUUUCGGCUUUGGAUAUGGAUAAACGGCGAUUGAAAGAAAACACGCUGUUGAUGGACGGAGGGGUCGAGGAGGACGAAACAGAAUAAUGAAGUCCUGCAGGUGGGAAGGGGGGACGCGGGAAGUGGGGGUGCUUAGGGUGCUGCAGCACCCCCCCUGGCUGUAACUGCAAGUGAAAAAAGUUUUCUGAACAAAUCCAUACUUUUUUAUUUAUUUUUAUUUUAUCAUACAACUUUCUUUUUCAUUAAAUUAUUGAAAUCCACCCUUUUUAUGAUAUUCAUCAUAUUAUCAUUUCAUUUUAUUUAGAACAUUGUCUGUGUAGGCUGACGUAGGCUAUGACGCACAACGCAGAACUGUCCAUAGCUGAAUAUGGUACUAUGCUGAUUUUACAUAAGCGUGUUUGUGUUCAACAUCUGUUGUAGUGAACAUUCUAAAACUGGUAUCAAAUUUUGCUGCCAUAUUAAUAGACACGUUGAAUGUUAUCGUUUUGAUUCUGGAAUCCCGCACGUAAACUGGUUGGAAAAAAAAGAGGAAAGACGGACGGUUCACUUGACGGAGAAACCGUCACUUUCCUCAUAUCAGACAACUCGUAACCCUGGAUGAAAAUGAAGGCUUUCUUUUAUUGUCACUUUCCUUUGUAAACCUUUAGAAAUAACCUCCUGAAUCCUUGUUAUAACGCUGUGUAUAAUCCCGGACCGCAACAGCAUCGGCCUGUUGUUGUGUGAAAUUCAGCACAGUAUCAGCCGAGUUGACUCUAAUUUCCACAUUGUUUACUUGCUUUCCUGACGGCCGAUAAAAAACGACAGAGUUACCCCUCAUGUUUUUUCCAUGUUGACCAAUAAAAAACGACAGUGGUAUUGUCACGUUAAAAUUGUACCGGGGGCGAAAAUUGCACCUGUCUACGUCAUCAGUUGUUGACAAAUUCCGAACCUGCCAAAUUUCCAGACUGUGAAUUGUAAAGUCAAGUCACAAGUGUAACCUCCAAAAUAUCCUGCUCUGCGUCUUGGUGGUGUGGCGGUAAGGGCUGUGGGUUAACACUCUGCAGGUGCAGGUUCGAGUCCCCGCACGCGAGGCUAAUAAGAAGCUGACUUUCAAAAUGAGCUUUCAGACACUAUGUAAGUUCGGGUUCCCUGCUCAGAACCAGGGUUCAAGAGGUACCUUAAUGGAUACAUCUUAUUUCUCUAUCAUGUGAAUGGUAAACUCAAGUAUAACCUCCAAACAUGUUCUGGGUAGCGUCUUGGUGGUGCAGCGGUCAGGGCUGUUGGUUAACGCUCUGUAGACUAAGGUUCGUGUCCCCGCACGCACGGCCAAUAAGAAUGAUGAGCUUUCAGACACUAUGUAGGUUCAGGUGCCCUGCUCAGAACCAGGGUUCAAGAGGUACCUUAAUUGAUUUAUCUUAUUUCUCUAUCAUGUGAAUGGUAAAGUCAAGUAUAACCUCCAAACAUGCUCUGGUUAGCGUCUUGGUGGUGCAGCGGUCAGGGCUGUUGGUUAACGCUCUGUAGACUCAGGUCCGAGUCCCUGUACUCACGGCUAAUAAGUAUGAUAUUAUUGACAUUCAAUUUCACACGACAUUGCUUCUUGUGAAUUGUUAAUUCAAUUAUGAACUGUGAUUAAGUCUGACCCAGUGGGGCAGUGGACAGAGCUGUAUGUGUUCUCUUCUUGAGUCGUGUAAAUGACCUGGGUUCAAAUCCUGUCAGGAACACUCACCUUUGAUUGGAGACAUUUUCCAACAAUGUCAUGUGUAUUGUAGGGUCAACAAUGAACUCUCUCCGUUUCAAAGUCGGUGUCUCUGUGGCGCAGGUGAUAGAGCUGUUGAGGAUCUGUUCUGGAGACACCGGUUCGAUUCCUGCCAUUGGGGGUUUUGUGAGAAUCACUCUCUGGUGGUUGGAUGAGUGUGAAUGACUGUCUGUGUGAAUGGAUGUGUCUGUGAAUAAGUUAAUUCGCAGCCAUCGAUUCACACAGACAGUCAUUGGGAAUGAAUGGGUGAGUGGGAAUGACUGUCUGGGAGAAUGGAUGACUGUGAAUGAGUGCACUCAUUCACAGCCAUCCAUUCUCACAGACAGUCAUUCGAAAUGAAUGUGUGAGAGAAUGGACCCAAUCAGCAGAGAGUCGUUCCCAUAAGACCCCCCACUGUAGGAGUCAAACCGUUGACUCCAGAACAGAUCCUCAACAGCUCUAACACCCGGAGGAGGGGACAUUUUGAUAAAAGUU